AUGUUUUCACUUCUUACUGCUGCUGCGCUUGCAGCUUCCACGCUCACUACCAUCGUCUCUGCCGUGCCUGUCGAAACGAAGAUCGCCAGGCGAACCUCAGCACCCAAAAUCGCUGUAUACUAUGGACAGGGAGAAAAUCAGCUGGACAUUGAGAAUUUUUGCAACGAUGACAACAUCGACAUUAUACCAGUUGGGUUCGUGAAUCGUUUCCCAAGCAUGAAGGGUAACAACGGGUGGCCUUCCUGGAAUUUCGGCAACCAGUGUUGGGGAACUCCGUUGUACGAGGACACCAAGAUGUACAUGUACUGCGACGUGGGUUCAUGGAGUACUCAGAUUCAAGCUUGCCAGGCCAAGGGAAAGAAGAUUCUCCUCUCUAUUGGCGGCGAGGUUGAUGGAAGUGACCCAUACAUUCUCGAGUCAAAAGACGUGGACGUAUUGGCAACCGAGUUGUGGCAGAUCUUUGGACCUGAGCCUGCAGGUUGGGAUGGUCCCCGACCUUUUGGUAAUGCUGUCGUUGAUGGAUUUGACUUUGACAUUGAGGGAGCAGCAAGUGAUGCCUACGGACAGCUCGCAAACAAACUUCGAGAAAAGAUGAAUGGUGACGGUUACACAAGCAACAUACUUACCGCUGCACCUCAGUGUGUCGUUCCUGAUGCCUCACUCGCUUCUGCUAUCAUGGCCGCUUCCUUCGACUACCUAUUCAUCCAGUUCUACAACACUCCUCAAUGCUCCGCCCGUUCUCACCUCGACAAGUCCUACGGCACAGACAUUUCGUACAAUGACUGGGUCUCUUGGCUCACUGCGAACUCGCACGGCAGACCAAGCAACCUGCCACAGAUCUUUAUCGGUCUGCCAGGCUCCCCUGCUGCAACAGUUGAUGGAUACAUGUACUUGGACCAGACUGAUGCAUCAAAAUUGCUUAAGGACUUCUGCGACAGCCCUCUCUUUGCUGGUGUCAUGGUCUGGGAAGCGACUGCUGCUUUGGGUAACAACGAUUAUGUUGGUCAGAUUGCGCAAGCCCUUGAGGUGUGCCCCUCUCGAGCUACCACGACGACGACUACGACCACUAUAGCCACGACGACCACUAGAAGCAGCACAACUACUACCACAACCACAACGACCACGACCUCGAGCUCGACCUCCACCACCACCACUACCAGGGCUCCGACUACGACUACAACUACAACUAGGACUACAACGACUACUACGCCAGCGACUUCUACCACAGCGUCUACCACAGCGUCUACCGCGACUGCUUCUACUACCACUACUCGAUCACAGUCAACCUCCACUUCCACCUCAACUUCCAGCUUGACCAGCAGCACUACCACAACGCGUUCAGCCGGUCCAACCAGCUCAACAACUUCUGCCACCAGUAGAUCGAGCACUACCUCUGCGACCAGCACGCCAAGCACUAUCUCUACAGUGAGCACAUCAAGCACCACUUCUACGGCGAGCACUUCAGACACUACCUCUAUCACAAGCCAAACAAGCACUACUUCUACGACUAGCACAUCGAGCACAUCGAGCACCACCCCCGUCACAAGCCAGUCGCCUAGCACUACUACCACAACAAGAUCGCGUCCGUUUGGUCCUAUAACGACCACAAGCGAGAGCACUACGGCCACAACGAGUGGGUCGAGCGCGACAUCGACUACAACGUUCUCACACUUUUUCGGUAACACAACGAUGACGACUGGCUCAGGGACAACAACCACAUCGACAACCUCUGGCAGCACAACAGCUCAACCAACCACGACAACGAGCUCUUCUAGCUCUAAUGAGAGUACGAGCAGCACCACCACAACCUCGCAACGUGGUCAACCGAGCUCAUCCUCCACAUCCUUGAUCGAUACAACCGGCUCAACCAGCUCCUCUACAUCUUCCAGCUCAUCUUCUGAAAAUGGCUGGGGCCCAUGGCCAACCUCGAGCUCCACCUCAUCUAGCUCUACCUCGUCCAAGCCUGUAGAUCCUACCAGCAGCACUACUGACUCUACGUGGGGUCCAUGGUCAAUAAGCUCAUCGACAACAAGAUCAUCGAAGCCAGUCGAUCCAACAUCUAGCACUACUGCGGACAACACAUGGGCACCUUGGUCUACAACGUCGCCGAAGCCAGUCGACCCUGCAAGCAGCAGCUCUACUGAGUGCACAACAACAGUAACUUCAACCUACACCCCAACCUAUACGAUUGGGGGCUCGGAGUGGGCAACAUGGUCUAGUGCUAGCACAACCUCACCCGCUACAGGCAACGGUAAUGGCAAUGGUAGCAGCAGUGGAAGUGGUAAUGGAAAUGGCAAUGGAAGUGGAAACGGCAAGACAAUUACAACAACCACAACGAUCACUUCCUCCUCCUGCGCGACUGCCGCAAUUAGCACCACGACAAGCUGCUCAACAUACGCCGUUGAGACAGCUAAGUGGAUUGCUACCUCAAGCUGCACAGCUGUUGUGGUUACUGCUGCACCUGUCUGCUCUACCACGACAAAGGUCUCAACAAUCACCCAAGCCGUGACUGAAACCAUCUGGAGCAGCUGGGAUUUUUCUAGCAGUGCUUCAGCAAAGGUUUCUGACGCAUCUUCAGCCACUCCUGUCAUUACCAUGACUGUUGUCCCAACGCCUGCAGCAAGCGAUGCCGGCAAAGCAGCACCAUUAGCCGCCAGCUCUACUCCCGUUACUGCAUCUGAUUCCAGCUCGUGGAGUGUAUGGGCUACUGGAAGUCCUGUUGCCGCGGCUACUGGUGUCAGUGACAUCAAGGGUGUCAAAGCCUUUACAGGAGGCGCAGCUGCUGAGCAGGCUCCAGUCACUAUCAUGAGUGUUGCUGCUUGCCUGCUCAUCGCGGUCGCUGGGUUGAUCUUGUAA